AACGCCAGUUGCCAUCCAGGGGAGGGGAGAAGAAGAAUUUGUAUUCACAAGUUGACGGAUUCGAGAGAGAUGAAGUCAGAAACACGUUUGUGAGAGUUUGGAUCAGAUUCUCAAAGACUUUUUUGCGAAGAGUCUCUGAUCCUUAAUCGCUUCUCUCUCGCUUGACCUCAUUUCGUCGUCGAAAUCAGAUCCGUGUGAAAAAAUGGCGCCGAAACAAGAUAUGGAGAAGAUGGAGCUUCGUAAGAACUUCCGUAAUGUUUGGCAUACCGAUCUUACCCACAGUAUCCAGAACGAUACUCCUUAUUGUUGCUUCGCGUUGUGGUGUGCCCCUUGUGCAUCAUACUUGCUUCGCAAGCGUGCACUUUACGAUGAUAUGUCAAGGUACAUAUGCUGCGCAGGUUACAUGCCUUGUAGUGGUAGGUGUGGAGAAACCAAAUGUCCUCAACUUUGUCUUGCCACUGAGGUCUUCUGCUGCUUUCCAAACUCUGUGGCCUCGACUCGCUUUCUUCUGCAAGAUGAGUUCCAAAUUCAAACGACAAAAUGUGACAACUGCAUCAUUGGUUUCAUGGUUUGCCUCAGCCAAGUGGCUUGCAUAUUCUCCAUUGUUGCAUGUAUUGUCGGUAUUGAUGAGCUUUCAGAAGCUUCUCAGUUACUCUCAUGUUGCUCUGACAUGGUGUACUGCACGGUUUGCGCAUGUAUGCAGACACAACACAAGAUGGAAAUGGACAAGAGGGACGGUAAGUUCGGGCCACAGCCAAUGGCAGUGCCUCCGGCUCAGCAAAUGUCACGGUUUGAUCAAGCCAUCCCACCUGCAGUCGGUUAUCCUCCACAACAAGGUUACCCGCCUUCUGGUUAUCCUCAACAUCCUCCACAAGGUUAUCCUCAACAUCCUCCACAAGGUUAUCCUCCUUCUGGCUAUCCUCAACACCCCCCUCCAUCAGCUUAUUCUCAAUACCCUCCCGGUGCUUAUCCUCCUCCCGCUUACCCAAAGUAAUCAUCUCUCUUUACCUGUUUUCUCUUCCGAUUGGAAAAAUCUAUUUCAUCUCUUUUGAUUCACGGCAUGUCGUUAAUAUAUAUACUGUCUUGUUAUGGGUCAAGCGUUGAGCGUUCGCUGAUUGUUUUGAGGUCGUUGUUUGUAUGAGAUGUUGACCUCACAUGUUGUUGUUGUCUGAAACGUCCCUCUUGGACUAAGAAAUUUCAUGAAUAUUUUUUUUUCCCCUUUAAA